AUGGAUUUUGAAAAACGCCUUGUGGACGCACUCAAAGAGCAAUCUGAAGCUCUCCAAAAUAUUAAUGACCAGUUUGACUAUUCUGUUGAAGAGACACGCGCUGCACCGAUUCCAGACAAUACUGGGAGAUGUGCGGUGGCUGCAGACCAUCGGCGGAGGAACAAGUGCUUCCGGAGUGCAAUAUCUGCGCUUCGACGGACGGUAUGCCCGAGAUGCGCUGAGGUUGAUCUGCAUCAGACAUACGAGAGCUCUGAAGACGUUGGAGGAGAACCAGGUGUGCCAGGCCUUCUGAUAGUUUCAAAGGUAUUCAGACGGCGAAGUGGUUCCCGAGAGGCCCUGAAUGUACAAUUCGAGGCCCCGCCUGCUAGCGGAGUGCAACAAUGA